AAUGAGUAUUAGAAGAAAGCAGCUUGAGAGGAGGAGAGAAGGCAUGGCUAAUUCUAUGAGCCAGGCUUCUAUUAGUCAUUUUAAGGAUAAUAACAGGAUGCUGUGCAGCCCUGAUAGAAGUAAGAAUGCUCAUAGAAACUUUUUGAACUCAGCUGUGAGAGUCUCUUCCAAUCAUAGAGUUGACCAGAGUUGUUCAAACUUCUCAGACUCUAAGAAAGUUUUAAAUGUGUCCCAGCCUGUUAGUCCCAUCUCUAGAGGAGCUGUCUCGCCUGGGACAAGGAACAGAUUAAAUAAAUCAGUCAGGGUAAAGUCUUCAGCUAGUGUGAUUAGCUCUACCAGCAGCAAAGACUUCGUGAAUAUUAGAGCUAGGCCUAUAAUAAUUUAUGACACUAAGCCAAAGUUUGAUCCCAACAAGUUGGAAUAUAUGGUCAAACCGACUUUCUUCAAAAAGACAAGGACAACAACUAUGAAAGGGAAAUUAAAUGAUUCAUGGCUUGAUAUCGAAACUAAGAAGAGAUCCCAUGCUCCUGACCCUGGCCAUUACACUGUCAAAGAAAAGACUGUUAAUAAGAUGAAAUUUUUAAAAGGUAAAAGAGUGACCCAGAUACAGGAAUAUGUGAAACUUAAUAAAUGGAAGCUGGCUCCAGGUGCUCAUUUUAAGAGCAAGCCACAAAAGUCUUCAUCGUUAGCAAAUAAGAAAGGGAUAAUGCAUUCAAAAGUGAAAAGAAUGGGAUAUAUUGAUGAAGCUAUUGCUAGAGGACAGCAAAGUCCUUCUUACAUUUAUAAAAAGGAUAGCAAACAGACUAAAAAGAGACAGAUUUAUGGUGAUUUUUCUAAGGGAGUUCAAAGAAAAUCACAAUUUAAAACAAAGAAGUCUAAGUCAGGACCUGGGGAUUAUAAACAUGUAGAGGCAUUUUAUAAAACUCAAGAGAAAACCCGAUACUGUGUAUUUUCAAAAGGACAAAAAUCUACUAAAACAGCUUCGAAAAGAUACGAAGUCCCUGGAGUAGGAAGCUACCAGAAGGUUGAAAGCGGCUUCAAUCGAUUAAGUCCAAAGCCACUUUCUCUGAGGAGAAAGAGGUGUUAAAAUAUGAGCUAAAUUUUCAAAUUCAAUUUUUGUACAA